UAGUCAACACAGCAAUGAGAGGGAUAGAGAAGUUCGGGAGGCAUAGUUAUACUACCCUGAUUGAUAGUUGUAGCAGUCUUGAAAGUAUGCCAUACCUACUUCGAUGAACUACUAAAAUAGUGAUUAUAUCAGCUCUGCAGAUGUGCAACAAAAUGAUUACGGGGAACUUUGCUUGUUUUUGGGAGCAGCGAGACAAUGUUACACCAUGCUCAAACCGCGCAUGCGCAAUUCUAUUUUGUCCCCACCAAACGCGAUCAUUGCACGCAGGUUGAAAUAUCAAAACAAACCCUGAACCAACUAUAUUAAUCUGGGGACAGGCCGAAAAACAUUAAAUAUGUAUGACAAUUUAGCUAGCUAGAUUGCAGUCGCUAGCUACCCUGUCCUAUUUAGCUAGCUGUCUUGCUGUUGCUAGCUCAUUUGUCCUGGGAUUUAAACGUAGCUAUUUUACCUGAAAUGCACAGGGUCCUCUACUCCCGACAAUUAAUCCACACAUAAAACGUUCAACCGAAUCGUUUCCAGUCAUCUCUCCUUCCAGGCUUUUUCUUUGGACUUUCAUAAUAAGGUGUAUUACCACAAUCGAAGUUGAAGAAGAUCAAAAGUCCAAUCAAGACCAAUCAUCAAAAAGGCCCAAACUACCAGUGAAACAACACUGUCCGCAUUCCGCCAUGUCUUCCAACACCAGUGCUGCCCCCAGUGGAGCAGAGGGAGAACAGCAGCCGGAGCAGACCAUCACCUCCCAGCCAACCAGCGCUGAGCACCAAGAGACAGCCCCUGACUCCAGCCAAUCGGAAUCCAAAGACCACUUGGCAGUAAUCAGCGAGAAGAUGGAGACCAGUAAUGGAAUGUGUGCUGCCGACUUCUCGCCCACAUCUUCCAUCUCGUCCCCAAAGCGACUGCAACACGCCAAACCAACCAACGGCCGGGCGAGGAAAGGAAGCCGCUCUGGGUCCCUGCUGGGUCAUGGGGCAGGGUCUCCCAGGCCUUCCAUCAGCCGUCAUCCCAGCACCGUGACAGAGGAGGACGACGGCAAGCCCCCUAGGGACUACCUAAUAUUGGCCAUCCUGUCCUGCUUCUGCCCCUUGUGGCCGAUCAACAUUGUGGCUCUCGUCUUCUCUGUUAUGUCGAGGAACAGCCUGCAGCUGGGUAACGUAGACGGGGCGCGGCGUCUGGGCCGGAACGCAAUGGUGCUGUCCAUCGUUUCACUAGUUGGCGGGGUCAUCAUCAUUAUCGCAGCCAUCGUCUUAAACUGGGGAAGUAUAAUAAAAUCCUGAGGGUCACCAUGGAAACCAGGAGCAAGAUCGCAAGACAAGCACACCAACAACCAUCCCAACCAGACUUUUCCCCUCUCCUACGAUCAAAACACUAUUCUACAAAAGCACCUGCAACCUACAGCAUACCCAUUGGACCCCUUUUUUGCUGCACUAUCAUGUAUGGCCUGUAAUAUGUUCUCUGAAACAGAUAGACAAGUCCGUCACCUCUACCUCCUACACCUCCUACACCUGCCACCAGUGGUGUAGUGCAGGGUAAAUGUACGUAAACGUCGUUUACACACAUUCUGCUCCUGUGUUUAUCCACCUUUUGCAGACAAAUGCAUUGAAAGUAUAGGGGGUGUUACUUUAUUGACCGUCAACGGUGAUCAGGAGUUACAGUACCCAUCUAUUUUUUGACCACUUGUCACUGGCUGCCACCAUCACUCAGAAGGUCGAAGGCUUCAGGUAGAACAACACUGAGGUGGGAUAGACAGCGACAAACAGACUGGUUCCUCUGAAUGAGAGAGAUGCGUCUAACGAGUCUAACUCUGGUCAACGAUGCCAUGAUCUCCUGCUUGCCUGAGUCUCAGAAUGUAUUUAAAGUCUCUGCAUGAUUUUCCGGGAUCAGGCUGCUCCUCCCAGGCUGUUCCUCCCAAGCUGUUCCUCCCAGGCUGUUCCCCCAGGCUGUUCCUCCCAGGCUGUUCCUCCCAGGCUGUUCCUCCCAGGCUGUUCCUCCCAGGCUGUUCCUCCCAGGCUGUUCCUCCCAGGCUGUUCCUCCCAGGCUGUUCCUCCCAGGCUGCUCCUCCCAGGCUGCUCCUCCCAGGCUGUUCCUCCCAGGCUGUUCCUCCCAGGCUGUUCCUCCCAGGCUGCUCCUCCCAGGCUGUUCCUCCCAGGCUGUUCCUCCCAGGCUGCUCCUCCCAGGCUGUUCCUCCCAGGCUGUUCCUCCCAGGCUGCUCCUCCCAGGCUGCUCCUCCCAGGCUGCUCCUCCCAGGCUGUUCCAAUGUGACAAAACACAAAGUGUCUCUAUUGUUGCCGGAAAGGACAUCUGGUUUUCUCUGUAAUGUUAUUAUUUCCUUCCACUGAAUCAUUCAUAUCCAGUCAGUCCACACCUCUGUAACACAACCAAGGGAUCCUUUUAACUGUGACGCCAAAACCAGCCCACCCUAUAGGAUCAUGUUAAAGAUGGCAAAGGAAGAGUUAGGGAGGGAGAGGGAUUGGAAUUGAUCUUUGAUCAAUGUGAUGAUGUUGAU